GAGGCCGUUUUUUAACCCUCGUAAAUCUGCUGUUUUUUUUUUUUUUUUAAAUUGUUAUCAUGUAAAGUUACGAUACUGAGAAGGGUGUGAGCACAUUUAUUUCCAGUACCAAAGGGGUUAAAAUCCUUGCUGCACGGUCUCAUGUCUCGUAAUAUAUUUAGAUACACUGUCAGUUCCCAUAGAAAUACACGCAAACGCGGAAAUAGUGUAUAAAACAGCUAAAUAUAUCGCCCAGUUUCAACAGAAAAGCACUGAAGCGAAACUCCAUCAUUUAAAGGUUGAGUCGUUUUCAUAAAAUGUGGAAAAGUGAAGGCAUUUCGUUACCCAAGGACAUGCAUGAGCUACAGAGCCAGCUAAAGGCAAUAAUGUACACUAUGAACAGCAAGUCAAAGCUUGCAGAUAUCAUGAGUACCCCAGUGGGACAGUACCUUGAUGGCCACCCCUUUUUUGCCCUGGCCCUGCUGGUGUUUGGUGCCAUGGCAACAGUACCCGUUGGCCUGUUCCUGACCUUCGCUAUUGUCACGUUUGUGACUGCCUCUGUUGGGUUUAUCUUCCUGCAAGGGUUCCUGCUGUCGCUCGGUGGAAUAGUCCUGCUGUGUGUGCUCUGUGGUCUUGCCAUCAUUGCCUUUGCUGUGUCUGCCAUCUUCAGUGCCUUUUACAUCACUGCCUCCAACGUGCUUGACUAUUACUACAGCCACCGCCUACAUGAAGCAGAACAUCAUCAGAAGCCAUCCAAGUUGUGAGAGUGAUGCCUCUUCCUGUCCUAACCCAGGUUUUCAGAAACAGAAAGGACAGUAACAGCGGAGCCAGGAUGCUUUUCCACAUCUGUUAGGAGAACAUUUUUGAGUCUGCUUUGUGUGUGUGUGCGUUGUUUGUGGGUUUUUUUUUUUUUAAAGACUUGCAUCUCGGUUUAAUCUUAUUAUUUAACACUUUCAUGUAUUUGUUAUAUUGAACAAACCCAUUUUGGCAUUAAUUGUAAUAACACCCAAGAGUUCAUUAGCUGAAAUAAUUGUUAUAUGUUUCUGUGUAAUCGCCUUAUUGUUUCACAGUUCAUUGUGAACUGCAGUGUGGAAUAUAAUAGGCUUUAAUCAGCUUUCAUCCGAAAGCACCAGCAUUAAGAAGCUUUCUUAGUUUUUACAUGUAGCAGGUAAAACCAUCCAACGCCAUUGAUUACCACCUGUGCGUUACUAAAUAAAAUGCACCUAUUACUAAGAAGCAACCUAGAAUGUAUGCCAAACCUUACCUUCUAUUAUUUAAGCAAAAUACCCAAAACAGAAAAUUGUUGUGAAUGUCUGUCUGUCUGUCUCUCUCUCUCUCUCUCUCUCUCUCUCUCUCUCUCUCUCUCGGAGGUACAAAGGGAUGUUACCCAGUUUCUGGUGAUCAGGUCUCAGGCAAGUUUUCAGGGGUUAUUGACCUUAGUUGUUUGGAAGAUUUUGAGAUAAUGACACAUAAUCUGUUAAGUCUAAUAAUAAGAUAUGACCAAGGUUAUGGAAUGUGAUGUUAUAGUCCCAUUGUUAUCUGUUACUAUCAAUGCUCAUUAUCCUUGCAUUACCUUGUUACAUUUUGAUCACAUUUUGCACUGGAUAAUUUGUGCAGUUUAGUCACCCUCUGUAUGCCUAAAACUAAUGUAUUCCUGCCUUGUACCCAACAUGUUUAUAAAUAUUAUUCUAAAUGCCUUGUGUAAGUACAAUUAAAAUUGCACUAUUUCCUGUUGUUUUUUAAUGUUAAAAAACUGUUGCUAAAUGUCAUUAUGCUAUUAAAUAUUAUUCUUCUUUAACGAAUUUGAAAGAUGUUUUCUAGAAAAUAAACGUUUGUUUUCAUUCUA